CAAUUUCGGAGUUAGUUUUUGGUGCUUCAGUUGGUAGUCGCCAAUUUUUUUCGGGUUUUCAAAGCUUAAAACUUUAAAUAAUUUACAAUUUGCUUGUACUAGAAUGUUAAUCUAUCAAUAAAUUACGUUUACUUAUAUCAUCUACGCGGUAACUCAUUUGUAACUAGUAUAUCGAGCUCGAAACCUUAUUUUCUAAGAACGCUUAUUUGUGGUUCACUGUGCUGUGUUUAUCCCUCAUGCUGUGAUAUUUCAGCGCUAUUUUAGUUCUAAAAUGGACAUCGACGUUAGUAAAGAAAAUAUUCAACCACUGAGAGGUGGCAGAAACCUUGUGCAAUUGGGUACAGCGUUGCAAGCUCAGUCGGAUGUUGAGGCCCAGAGACAGCUGCAGUUACAAAAAGAGGAACAUGAAGCAGCUAUCAGACUCUACCAGGGCACAGACCCGUUGGAUCCCUGGUUCAACUACAUCCAAUGGGUUGAACAGUGCUUCCCUAAACAUGGACAUGAAGGGCACAUUGAUAAGUUGAUAAAAGACUGUCUGCAGCUGUUUGAGAAUGAAAGAAAAUAUUAUCAAGAUAGAAGAUUUGUUAAGUUAUGGAUAAAAUAUGUUGACUGUCUUUCUAAUCCUUUGGAGAUUUACCAAAGGCUAUACAAUACUGGCAUUGGAGUGGAAUGCUCAGAGUUCUACCGAGCUUGGGCAUGCUACUGCGAGGAGUCUGGUGACUACAAGAAAGCCAAUCAGGUGUAUAUGUUGGGUCUUCAGGCUAAAGCACAGCCUUUGGAUGAACUGGAGCAGGCGCACAUGAAUUUCCAACUAUUCUUUGCCCAAAGAAUGUUGCAUGAUGACUCUCCAACUAAAAGGAAGGCAGCAUCAGCAUUAGCUGAGACAAGAAUGGCUUUAACAUCAUUGAAAUCCUUUAAACGGCGUAAUAUUGCUAAUGGACCAAUACAAAGAGUUGGAGAAAGUGUUAGAAGUUCGGUACCUGGUGUGGUAAGACAACAGGCUGGCAACUAUGACAAUAGGCUACCAAACUCCAAUGUAAUGGUCAAUGUGUAUGAGGAUGCUCCAUCAACAUCACAAGCAGCUAUCCCUAUUGCUGAAGAUCCUGGUCCAGCAUCACUGGUACAGGCUUGCAGCAAUGUGGAAAAUCAGAAAGAAGUAGGGGUUUGGACUAAUCCCAAAACUAAAAUGGUGCACACUAACAUUGUGCCCCAUCAACCUCUACCAUUUACUCCCUAUGAAGAUGAAGAUGAUAUUCUUCGGCUCCCAGCCAAUCACAUGCCUUAUUGCAUGGAUAAUUUAUCAUUUACUGUGCCUCUAUGUGUACCUGAUCCCCCAGAUUCAACAAAAAUUCCUUGUUAUAAUAAACCACAGGUAUAUGUUGAAGACCAAGAAUACAGUUUAGAAGAAAUAAGAUCUAGAAAAUAUAAUUUAGAGAAAAAUGUGAAGACUGAAAAAAAUGAAGCUAAAGAGGUUCCACAAAAUUUUGAAAAUAUUAAUGAGACACUAGCUCAGUGCAGUGCUUUAGAAACAUUAGCUAAUUGUGCCCUGGACACAGAACAGGACCACUUAGGGCAAUUAAUGCCUUUGACUAUGCCUACUUUACAAAACAUCACAAAAGUAACCAACAUGCAUUCACCUGGUGAACCUAAGGUAUUAGUUAACUUAGAUUCACAGGAAUUUAGUGAGCUCAGUGCUAAGAAAGGUGAUGAGAAUUAUAAACCAACGUCUAGCAUGUCUGACAAGGAAAAUGAUAUGCAUACCUCACCCAACAACAAUUAUGGCAAUGAAAAUGCUGUACCAAACUAUGGCAAAAAUAAUCUGAUGGAAGAGUUCAAUAGGAGUCUGAUGGGUAAUCUGCUUGGCGAUUCUGUAACAGUUAACACCAAAGAAGCUAGAUGGGAACUGAGAAACCUUUUCAAUGAUAAUGAACCUUCUAUAGUUCAGCCUGUAGUACAGCAAUUCGAAGUUCCUAAUUUCGAUAUUCAUGAGGAUAGAUCCAUUACAAUGGCUAUCAACACAAAAAAGAAACAAGAACUUACUGAAAUGAAAACAGUGCCUCAAGACAAAGAAAAUGCUUCCAAAUAUCAAGCACCUGUAAGUGCUGUGCAGCAAAAUGUUAACAAGACUGCUUACUAUGAGGAGCCUUCUUGCACACAAGUGUUCAAUUUCAAUAUAAAAGAUGCUAGUACACCAAACAUGUCUCAAUUUAAGAAGCCAUCCUCAUGUGUGGAUCAGUCUGGAAAAUUUCCAUCUGUGCCGAAAUUUAGUAUGGACGAGAGUGUCAUAGAGCAUCAUGACCCAGGACUGACUAAAAGAGAGGAAGUUUCGAGACAGCAUGCUACUGACCAACAUGCAACUGUUGAUAAUCAAGGUGCAGGUCUCUCUGUGAUCAUGGAAGCUACGAGGGAAUAUAACAGUAAAUCGGGCUCUAGUUCAUCUGGACAAUCAACAAGAACCAACUUUACUGCCUACACAACAAACUAUGAUUCCAUGUACAAUAACAACGACCCAUCACAACAACCUACGACAUCAAAAAGAAGUUCUAUAUCUUCACAACCCAGAUUGCUAAAUGGACAGUUUUCGAGGACGCACCCUCAAAAACGAGAGUUGCCGGAAAAUAAAAAUGUGACGCCGUCUACUUCAGCGCCUUAUCCAUCGCACGACCAUCAGUAUCAAAAGCCUAUGCCACAAAACUACAAUGGGUACUCACCACAGCAACGGUCUAUGCAUGCACACUAUCAGCAAAACUAUAGUUAUCAGCAGAACUAUUCUAAUAAUCAGAUGAUGAGUCAGCAACCACAGCAAGGCUAUGCUAGUCCUAGUUCCAACCCCUACCAGAGUCCACAGCAUACUGGUAUGCAAAGUCCUCAUGCCAUAGGCUCGAAUGUUCCACCUGGUUUCCAAAGCCCAACCUACUCAAAUCAAGUAGGCUAUCAUAGUCCAGGACAUGCUAUGAUGAGUCCUCAACAAAAUUAUGCUGCUCGUCAAGAUUAUCACUAUCCCAAUCAGGCAGAGAGACAACAUAUUUAUGUGAACCAGCACCAACAGCAACAUCAGCAGCAACACCAGCAGCACCAACAGCAACACCAGCAGCAACAACACCAGCAGCAGCAACACCAACAACUGCAACAACAGCAACUGCAGCAACAGCAACUCCAGCAACACCAGCAGCAGCAACACCAGCAGCAGCAGCUCCAACAACAGCAACAUCAUCAGCAGCAGGCAGCUGUUUUCCAAAGUCCUCCGCACCAGACCCAGUAUCAAAAUGCUCAAUUCUAUCGGAGGCCUAGCCCAGCACCAGCUUCUGGUCCUGCACCUGCACCCACAAAUCAAGCAUACAACCAAUCAGGCUACCACAUGCAUAAUCAAUACAAUAACUCAAACAUGUAUUCAAAUCAUUCAAACAACCAAAGCUUUAAUACAAUGCAGAAUCAAUACAGGCAGCAUUCUAAGCAAAUGGUUGAAAACUCUCCAGCUGGUUAUGGGUCUUCAAAUAAUCAGUCCUUCCAGAUAUAUCAAAGUCCUCAGGCUCAGCAAAACAGUUAUCGGAGCCCUGUAUCUGUCUCUCAGAGUGCAAAUGUUCCACCAGAGUCAUCUGAAAUGCAUUCGAGACCAGAAAAUGCCUCGGGUAUAGAUCAAAAUUUGUCAAGUAAAAAUAAUAAUAUACCUAAAAAUCAAGCUACACACAAGAGUCCAACAUCGGCGCUGAGGAAUAUUAGACAUGACCAACCUAAUUCAGUGAAAAUUGGCCAAAAUUCACCAGAUGUUGGCUUUUCGAACCAAUAUCUGAACUUCAUUUCAAACAGAAAUGAGCCCAAAGAUAAUGCUAAUACUCCUAAGUUCACCAACAGCCCCAGCAUUUCUCAAAAGAUGCAUAAGAACUUGUAUGUAUCCAGCCCUGAGCAGGCACAGAUACCUCCCUCGUCAGGAAUGUCUGAUUCAGAUAGUAAAGAUGGCAUGACAGCACAAACAGGAACACCUAUUCAGUCUGCAAAGGUCUCCCAUGCUGUCGACAAACAAAAAGACAUCUCUAAGAGGCAGUUAGACUUCGAACACAGAGUUGAAUUUCAAUCUGAGGACAGUAGAGACUCUGUGAGCAAAGAAAGCAGGAUUUCCAGAGUUUAUUCCAGACAAUCUGACUUACAAUCUGAUGGAUAUGGUAUGGAUGUGGAUAGUGAAAAUUCCAUGGAGUGUGCCGCAUUUAAAUCUACUCAUUCGAUUUCCUUAGUAGAAACUAGUGACUUACCUAGACCUGCUGAUAUUGAAUUCCCGGCAUUAAUUGAUCCAUUUAGUAAAAAGCUUCUGAGUUCUUUAUUAGAUUAUGUAAAAUUCCCAAACAAAACUCACGCAGAUGGAUAUGUUGAAGUUAGAAGUGUUCCUAAGCUACAGCUAGCAACUGUUAUAAGUGUUGGAAAUAGUAAAUUAUCUAUUGACAAGCAACUUGGCAAAGGAAAUUACGGCGCAGUUUUUCUAUGCCUUGAUUUACAUAAUAAUAAAUCAGUUGCUGCUAAAUAUCAGAAACCAAGUCGGCCUUGGGAAUUCUACAUUUGCCAGGAAAUAAAGGCAAGAAUAAAGGAUCCAUUCAUGCUUCCAGGGUACAUGGAUAUCUCAACAGCUUUCAUAGGUGACAAUGCAAGCUUAUUUUUGUCUGAAUAUUCCAAAUAUGGAUCUCUCUUAGACGUCGCUAAUAAGAUAAGAGCUGCUACCUCAAAAUGUAUAAAUGAAUUUAUCGUCAUCUUAUUGACAUCAGAGAUGUUGUCGAUAAUUCACUAUCUGCAUAAAGCGCAGAUCAUUCAUGCUGAUAUCAAGCCAGACAACUUUUUGUUGAUGAAAAUACCCACACAGGAGUGGAGAACUCCAUCCCUCCAGUUGAUUGAUCUUGGCUGUGCUAUUGAUAUGUCCCUGUUUCCAGAGGGCACUACAUUUAGAGAGUUGAUAGCGACAGAAGGUUUUACAUGUACUGAAAUGAGAGAAGGCAAACCUUGGACUUAUCAAACUGAUCUGUACUGUUUAGCUGGUACUAUUCAUGUGAUUUUAAUGGGCAGUUAUAUGAAAGUAGCUAAUCGUUUAGGUCAAUGGAAUAUAGAUAAGAAACUGCCAAGAUACAUGAAGGUUGGCUUAUGGGACAAGAUAUUCACAACACUACUAAAUGUUCCGGAUUGUAACAAUUUACCUGAUUUAAUGGAACUGAAAAAUGAAGUUGACAGUGUAUUGAACGAAAUUGACAAUCUAGGUUCUCAGCUCCGUAAUUUCGCUAACGUGCUUAAAUCUAGGUAAAUUAUGUAAACAAUCCAGAUUGUAUGUAUUUAUUGCAUUUAGAUUUAAAGGCGAUUGUAAAAACUAGAUACCUAAAUAUGUAUUAUUAUAGUGAUACAAAAUAUAACAAAGUUCAAUGAACUUCUUGAAUCUUUUGCCAGGUGAACUUUGCUCUUCUUAAAAGCAAUAAGUAUUAAAUAUACCAGAAUCUUAUAAUUUAGUUUGUAAACUUUUACAUAAAAUACAUGCCUUGUUGUGUUUAGUUAAAAUGUGAUAUUGUAAUUUUGAGGUUUUUUGUUUUGUAAUGAAAUUGGCUUAGAUUAACUUGUUAGCUUAAAACUAAUGUUGAAUAUACUUAGGUUCAUUUAUUUUUGUAAAACCCACAAGACUUGCACAUUUCACAUUUCUUGUUUGAAUUGUAACAAAGAUAAUAAAUAAUUACCUGG